GUUUGAAUAGGGAAGUUUGCGGAGCGCAGUUGUUACCCAUCCAGUCCGGUGCGGUGUUUGCAAAUACCUUCAACGCCAAAGCUGAGAGGAGAAGAAGGAGGGGGACGGAAGGAGGCUUGCUCGGAAACAAGCUUCUCAGCAGCGGGACGCUCUUCGCUCCCUCUCACUUUGGCUUGUUUUCCUCCCUCGUAACAUUUUCCACACGGUCCGGGAAUGGAUGUUCUACCCAUGUGCAGCAUCUUCCAAGAACUUCAAAUAGUUCACGACACGGGCUAUUUCUCCGCCUUGCCGUCCCUGGAGGAGUACUGGCAGCAGACAUGCUUGGAGUUGGAGCGCUAUCUACAGAGCGAGCCUUACGUCUCCACUUCCGACCUCAAGUUCGACGCCCAGGAGGACCUCUGGAGCAAGCUGAUCCUGGCCUGCGGGGACAAGGCCAAAGCUGACCCCAAGUUGCCCCCGGCGCCCCACGAGGAGGACAAUCACGACAGCCCCAUUUUUGACAACAGCAGUGUGAAUUCGGAUGCCAGCAGCGAAGCGUCAGACAGUUCGGAGGAGCUCUCACCCACGCACAGCUUUACCUCCAACCCUCUGGGCUCGGCCUUGGGAGGCUCUGGACCAUUUAGCCCAUCCGUCAUCAGCACGCCGCCGUCCUCGCCGGAGGCCAACUCCGAGCCCGGCGGGGUGGUGGGCGGCUGGGUGGGCACGCACGGCGACUUGCACUUGCCGGCCAAAACCAAGUGUGGGGGUGUGGCAAAGAGUUCGGAAAAGACGGGAAUGACUUGCGGGGACGUUUCUCCCGACGGCAGGAGGAGGAUACACCGGUGUCAGUUCAACGGCUGCCGCAAGGUUUACACCAAGAGCUCCCACCUGAAAGCACACCAGCGCACUCAUACAGGUGAGAAACCGUACAGGUGUUCCUGGGAGGGCUGCGAGUGGCGUUUUGCACGCAGCGACGAGCUGACCAGACACUUCAGGAAGCACACCGGGGCAAAGCCAUUCAAAUGCAGCCACUGUGACAGAUGUUUCUCCAGGUCUGACCAUCUGGCGCUUCACAUGAAGAGGCACAUCUAAAGUGGGGGGCACCAAACCCAAGCAACGCAUCAGAGGGCAAAGGUUUUUUUUGAAGGGGAAACCCGCUGCUCCCGACCUUGGUCUCAUGGCUGAGCUUGUCCCAGAGAGCAGAGAUGUGGGAGUUUCAGCCAAAGCAUGCUGUUUUGCACCAUACUGGAACCCAGUGCCUCCGGGACCCUGAAGGUUGCACCCAGAGGACUAAAGCAUCACAUGACAAAGACACAAAUGAAAAAAGAAACAUUACAAGGAAGCAAAUGCGUGCUUUUGUUGGUAGGGGGUGUGUGUGGGGGGGGUGUCAGCUGAUACACUGGUACUUUGCAACGUGAGCAUGAAUGCACUGUGAAUGUCUGCCAGCGGUAGCCCCCUUGUGGGACAGGGCGGCUGCGGCGUGAGGCCACCCCCGUGGUCAUCCCGAGCGCUUGAGGCCACCCCCCGGUGGCCACACCCCCGUGGUCACAGCGUAAGAGUAUUGUUGGAUUUGUGUUUUGGUGCAGCUACUAAGUGUGCAAUGUGUCAUGUAGCCUGAUUUAUUUUUUUACGAGCUCCAGAGUUUGUAGUCCACGUGUGUAAGCUGCGUGCUCGGAGCACCAGCAGGAUGUAACGCCACUGUCAUGUCGCAUGCUUCUUUCCUCUUUCCACCCCAAUCAGGACGGCAAACACUUGGAAGAAAAGUGCAGCUAAAAAGUCCAAAUGUUCCCAUAUUGUACAUAACGCCUUGAUGAUUCCCCUUUUUCCCGUCAAGCGGAUCCUCCUCACGCACCUUCAUUUCACCACUGCUUGCUGGUCUCAUUGGUCGUCUGCCUCGGGUGGGGGGGCCACUUUUUGGAAUUCUUUUAUACUUUGUAAUAAUGCACUGUUGACCUGAAUGGUGCCUUAUGCAAGCGACUGCCCCGCGGCAGUGGUGGCCUGGCCCCCCGGGGGGCCGCUCUUGGUGGUAUGAGCGAUUUGACAAGCUGGAUCAAGGCUCAAUUACAAAUGUCUAGUCUGUGUGUCUGGUGGCGGCCAUGUUGCUGCGCGUCUUAAAUGUGCUGACAAACGUCCUUUUGUUGAGUUGUACAUAAAUCGAAUGCUGUAUGUGUAGAGCACUUAUGACUUCCUUCUUAUUAAAGACGUUAACUACUGUGUAGUAUGUACUGAUGUCCAUCAAACGGUACCGCUUUGCCCCCCUCCUUGAAAGGCCCUUCAUGCCUGCAAGUGGCGUUUCUUGGAAUGAGGCGUGUAGUUGGACACGUAGCUGGCAUAGACUCUCCGACUGCAGAGCUUCCUGAUUGAGCCGUUGUGAACGCUCCGAACGGCGGGGGUGCGAAAGAUGAACAUUGCCAUGAAGGUGCUGGGCCCCCAGGCCACGCAGGCCACGCAGCAUGAAAUGAUCCCCGCCACCUUGCCGUGAGGACUCCGGCGUUCCAACGUAUGGAUUCCAGAUCAGAGCCGAAGCUUGGAUUGAUUCGGACACGGCUGGCGGCCAUGAAAAAGUUACUCGUAAUUGAGCCUUGAAAAAGCCGCUUGUUGGUCUUUCCCGCUCGCCGUCAUCUUUCAUGCUACCCCCCCCCCACACACAGCUUUGUAUGAAAAUAAAAAGGAAAAAAAACUUUUUUAGAAUUCUGUUUAUGCUUUAUGGAAUUUUUAUUUGGAAUUGUUUUGCAAAAUUGUUCUAUUUCUGUAUGAAUGUAUUUUUUAUUG